AUUAUAUUAAUAGUUAUCGAGGUCAAAGGUUCAGUUAGGGCUCGAGCUAGCUAAGGGGUAAAAAAAGGCAAAGACCAUGACAAAGAGAGACGUUCUGUGUCUGUUUGAUAUAGAUGGUACCCUAACUCCGUCAAGACUGGUCAUCAAACCAGAAAUGAAGGCCUAUCUUGCUGAGCUGAGGAAGAGAGUUGUCAUUGGUGUAGUCGGAGGCUCAGACAAAGCAAAACAAGAGGAGCAAAUGGGAGGCGAUGGAUUGGUUGAUAUGUAUGAUUAUGUUUUUUCUGAAAAUGGACUGGUAGCAUACAAAGAUGGCAAACUAAUUGGAAAGCAGAGUAUCAAGGAUUGGAUGGGAGAGGAUAGGAUCAAACGUUUUGUCAAUUUCUGCUUGAGAUAUUUAGCUGAUCUUGAUAUUCCUAAGAAGAGAGGUACUUUCAUUGAAUUUCGUGAUGGGCUAAUCAAUCUCUGCCCCAUUGGUAGAAACUGCACUCAAGAGGAGCGAAUGGAGUUUUUUGAAUAUGACAAAGAGCACAAGAUUCGAGAGAAGUUUGUUGAAGCAAUGGAGAAAGAGUUUGCUGACAUGGGACUGAAGUUCUCAAUUGGUGGUCAGAUUAGUAUUGAUGUGUUUCCAAAAGGCUGGGAUAAGACAUUCUGUCUUGGACUGAUGGACCUCACGCUCUACAAAGAGAUUCACUUCUUUGGUGACAAAACGUACCCUGGUGGAAAUGAUUAUGAGAUUUUUAUGGAUCCUCGUACUAUUGGACACACUGUUACCAGUCCUGAAGACACAAUGGAACAACUCAAAACAUUGUUCAAGGACUAGAAUUAUUUGAAUGUAGCCAUUAGAAUUCCAACAUAACUUAUACCGUAUUAAGUCUAA